AUGAUUCCAGGAACGUCGUCCCAAUCUUAUUUGGCGCGCGUCCUGUCCCGCUUUCUGAUCUGCUCCACCCUCAUUCUGGCUCUCAGCGUGGCCCUCAAGACCCGCUCCCGCCUCUCCCUCCUCUUCCCCUCCUUUGCUUCUCCUUCCUCCCAACACACCGCAACCAUGUCUUACACACAAGAACGCUACAUCGCCGAGCUGGCCGUCCAGCGUGCCUCCCUCCUCACCCAGAAGGUCUUCUUCGAGAAGGCCAAGGGCACCGUCUCCAAGGAUGACAAGUCCCCCGUCACCAUCGGCGACUUCGGCGCCCAAGCCCUGAUCAUUCAGGCCAUCCGCAAGAACUUCCCCAACGAUGAGAUCGUCGCCGAGGAGGAGUCCCGGGAGCUGUACGAAGAUAAGGCUCUCAGCGCCGAGAUCUGGCGUCUGGUUAAGGACAUUAAGCUCGAUGACGCUGAGAGCGACAGCAUCCUUGGCGGUCCCCUUGCUAGCGAGGAGGAGAUGCUCAAGAUCAUCGACCAGGGUAACAGCGCUGGUGGUGCUUCCGGUCGUAUCUGGGCUCUUGACCCCAUUGACGGUACUAAGGGUUUCCUCCGUGGUGGCCAGUACGCCGUCUGCCUCGGUUUGAUGGUUGACGGCGACGUCAAGGUCGGUGCCAUUGGCACCCCCAACCUGCCCAUUGACGAUGCUGCCACCAUCGAUGCUAGCACUGGUGCCCAGCAGGCCAAUUCUUCGGCUAAUGGUGUUCUUUUCUCCGCUGUUGUGGGCGAGGGUGCUACCAGCCGUCCCCUCGGCAGCGGUGCUCUUGCUGCCAGCAAGUCCAUCUCCAUGCGUCCCGUCCCCGAUAUCGCCCAGGCCGUUUUCUGCGAGGGUGUUGAGGCUGCUCACUCUGCUCAGGGUGAUAACGCUGCUGUUGCUGGUCUUCUGGGUAUCACCGCCCCUAGCGUGCGCCUGGACUCGCAGGCCAAGUACUGCUCCAUUGCCCGUGGUGCUGGUGACAUCUACCUCCGUCUUCCCGUGAAGAAGGACUACCAGGAGAAGAUCUGGGAUCACGCUGCUGGUGACAUCAUUGUCCGUGAGGCCGGUGGUCAGGUCUCUGACAUCUAUGGCAACCGCUUGGACUUCAGCAAGGGCCGGACCCUGGCUGCGAACAAGGGUGUUGUCGCUGCCCCCAAGGCCAUUCACGGCCAGGUCAUUGAUGCCGUCAAGUCGGUGCUGAAGCUGUAA